UGGACAACAUAGGUGCGCAGAAGCUACUUAGUGAGAGAGCCAACACUUUGAGGUCAAUAGAAAAAUUGAUAGUGUAUAUAAAACUUGGGAAUGAUGAGGUUUGUGCUGGUGUACAAAUGUCUGACGCUUGGAUUCUCACCCUUGCUGACUGUGUCGAUACUAAAAUCAAGCUCGGAAAGUAUAGUAUCAAAAUUCAAGAUGGUUCAAAACAGGUCAUUGCUGAAGACAGGGACUCCGUUGGCGAAGAAUUCGUUUUUCUUCGGAUUAAGACAACUAAGGAAACAAAAACUAAAUUUGCAAAACUUUCUAACUUAAGAUUGCCCUCACCCGACUACGAUUAUCAGCUCUACAGUAAGGAUGAGUCCGAUAAAGUUACUGCAAAUGAUGUUAUUUUUGUCAGAGGCAAUCAAUGUGUGGAGAAAGGCAUUGAAGGCAAUUUUGGAGAGACACACAAAUGUUUUCAAGUCAACAUGAGCAAAACUACUAAAUGUUUCCCGGGAUACCCAAUAUUUGGAUCGAAGAAAAACAAAAUUAUGUUGCAAGGACUAACAGUUGCAUCAUCAGAUUCUUGCUUAUCAUCGCUUUAUUCAUAUGCGGUCAUAAAACCGCAAGUGAGAUGGAUAAACACGGUCAUUUUGGAUUGUGGCUCAGUCGAAAACAUUCAAAAUGGAAAGGUUUCUCUCGACAAAAAAUCAAAAACGUCCAUUGGAGCUACGGCGACUAUUGAAUGCGAUCCUGGUUAUGUAGCAAGUCAGCAGAAAAUUGUCUGCCUAAAAACCGGUGAAUGGCAAAAAUCCAUUUGCGCAAAAAAAGACUGUGGUCCUGUUAAAAACAUUGUACGUGGACGAAUCAUCCUUGACAAAACAAAAAUGUCGACAUAUGGAGCAACAGCGACAGUCGAAUGUAGCCCUGGUUAUAGAGCAAAUCAAGAGAAAAUAGUUUGUUUAGAUACCGGCAAAUGGGAAACAGCAAGAUGCAAACUCAAAGACUGUGGUCCUGUUAAAAAAAUUGAAAAUGGAAAGGUCACCCUUGACAAAACAAAAGCGUCGAAGGUGGGAGCAACAGCGACUUUGAAAUGUAGCCCUGGCUUUAGACCAAAUCAAGAGAAAAUAAGUUGUUUAGACAACGGGAAAUGGGAAAGAGCAAGAUGCAAAAUCAUAGACUGCGAGAUUCCUUCAAAGGUGGUCAAUGGUACUUUGCACUUUUCCACAACAACGUAUGGAUCAAACGCUUCUGUUGUUUGUGAAAGAGGAUAUAAUGGAAGCCACACAACAAUUAGUUGCCUUGACAAUGGUAGUUGGGAAAUACCAACAUGUGCAAUUAAAGGUAAAUAA